AAAUUACAAUGUGCUUGAAUGCGAACCAAAAGCCUUGUUGCGUGAUAAUUGCCCUGGUUGCGAUUUUUGUAGGAGUUAUAGAGACAUCUUAUGAGUGCUUUCAUUUAGCCUUGCAUGGAAUGAAUAAUUGGUUAGUGGCAGCAUUGAUCGCAUGGAUUCCCAUUUUUAUUGCUGCAAUUUUUCUGAUUAUUGGGGCACUCAGGGAAAUACUUAUUCUUCUGCUUAUCUGGGUAAUAGUGUCACUGAUCUGCGGAGCUGCUUUGAUAAUUAUAAAGAUCGGAUUGAUGAUAUACCUGAAUAGGCUUCGUAUGUAUCUAGAUAUUGUGGUCGCCAUUUUGAAUGUACUAUUUUUAAUGCUGGUCUUCGUUUGGGCGGCCUAUCCUUAUGCAUACAUGCGUGAUCUGAAGGAACAGCAAAAGAUUUGAUAUUAUCACAUGGGCGUAGACGGUGGAAAUAUGAAAUAUAUUGGCAGUGCUCAAAAUUAUUAAUUAACAUUUAAAAAAGAAUAGCCACUUCUCAAGCAACGAUCAAUAAACGUAAAGCCACCACGUGUG